CCAAAUACCAGUACCAAACUUCCAACCCUACUUAUGGCUCAUAAUCAUAAUAUUGAAAUGACAGAGAUUUUCAACAAACAUGACCAGUAAUUGGUAAGGGACCCGAGUAGAUUUAUCAAAUUCUUCUAUCAAGAGGCCUGGGUACAAGGAUGAACAAGCCCAGGAAACUAUCGAAACAAAACGACCCAAGCCCGUUUACCCGGAUGAACACUGGCUGGUGUUACCAAUCAAACACACCAAUUAUUGUGCUCACUCAGCCGUAGAAAACAAAACCAAGCAGUCUCGGCUCAAGGAAGUGUUCCAGAUGGUUUGAAAAGCCCAAAAUAGCCGAAGACGGAAAGCAGGGUUUAGCUCGGACGCAGCUGAACUUGAAGCGCAGUCAUGGCUGACUCCUCGGAACUUCUCUGCGAGGCGGCGAAGAAGGGCGACGUAGACAAAGUGAAAUCGCUCAUCGGCUCCGGAGCCGACGUCUCUUACUUCGACGGCGAUGGUUUAACUCCACUGAUGCACGCUGCCAAGCUCGGCCAUGGCAACGUCGUCAAGCUCCUUCUCGAAGCUGGCGCUCCUUGGAACGCUCUUUCCCCUUCUAAUCACUCCGCUGGCGACUUCGCCAUGGAUGCCGGCCACCAAGAAGCCUUCGAUAUUCUCCUCAAUGCUGGAAUUCAAGCUGAAUUGAUUCUUGGCACAAUUGCAAGGAGAGCAAAUGAGAACAGCCCCAACUCAAAUGGGGAUUACUUGGAAGAUAGGGUUAGUUUUAGCGAAGAUAAGCUCUUGGACUCCCACAGUAAAGGUGUUAUGAUGGCUUGGGAGAAACCUCUGAUGGAGGCACACGCCAAAGCUGUAUGCACCGGAGGCGGUGACAUCCUGAACAUUGGAUUUGGGAUGGGGCUUGUGGACACCGCCAUUCAACAGUACUCCCCUACUUCACACACCAUUGUAGAGGCACAUCCAGAGGUCCAUGAUCGGAUGGUUCGUUGUGGCUGGGCCGAGAAGGAGAAUGUGAAGAUCGUGUUUGGUCGUUGGCAAGAUGUUCUUCCACAGCUUGGAACUUACGAUGGUAUUUUCUUUGACACUUAUGGAGAGUAUUAUGAAGAUUUGAGAGAUUUCCAUCAACAUCUGCCGAAGUUAUUGAAGCCUGGGGGGAUUUAUUCGUUCUUCAAUGGGCUAUGUGGAGGUAAUGCAUUCUUCCAUGUAGUCUACUGUAAUUUAGUGUCACUAGAGCUCGAGAAUCUGGGGUACUCGACGCAGUUGAUUCCCUUGCCUGUCAAGGAGUGUUUGCCAGAAGAUGUUUGGGAAGGAGUGAGGCACAAGUACUGGCAGCUUGAUACAUACUACCUCCCCGUCUGCCAGUCUUCACAGGAUUCUGAAUGAAUGUUAUCUGAAAUCUGAAUUCUUGAGAGAACUUAUAAUUAAACAUGGGUUUUUUCUUCUGCUUGAGUUGUGUCUUCUUCUUAUUCUUUGUUGAUGAUCGAUUCUCUUAGAUGGGAUGGAUCAGCCUACUUAUGUUUUUUAGACUGAUGUAUUUAAGUUGAUAAGAAUCAAAAGUAGGCUGAUUAUGAAAAAAACUGAAUCAGAAGUUGCCCUACAUUCAACUAUUGCUCGCUGAAAAACCUGCUUGUGUUUUAGUUAACAAUGUCCAGUGAGUGAUUGCCACACUGAAGGUAGGAUUAGUAACUGGCGUCUGGUGGAGUCUUAGGGAGAUUUCCUUUAUUCUUGCAUUUUCCCAUUAUUUGGGAUAUGGAAUGGCUUCUAUCUUGUCUUUCAUACCCACAUUUGAAGAUUGGUCUGCUGAUUUCCUAUCAUGCCAACUCGAGUCUUUCAUCAGCAAGGAAACUCCACUACCAAAUUGUCCUUGCACAGAGCUUAUGAACUAUUGAAUACAGGAUUUUAAUGUUG